AGCACACAAAAACCUCAACGGGUGAUUUUCCAUGAACUUCCUUCUUCUCCGUAGAUGUAAACAAACACGAGGGUUCAGUUCACUCAGCGAUAAAACCACGGUUAAGAUGGCUGACAACGCUGCAGAAGGCAAAUACGUGAAGAAGGAGGACAUCGAAUGGGAAUUCGGCGGUGUGCCAGGGGUUCUUGGUAUGAUGAUUGGAUUCCCGCUGCUGAUGUGGUAUAUGUGGAUCAGCGCUGAGUUCUACAACGGCCAAUUUGCAACGCCGGCCAAGGGUGAGACCUUCCCACAAUUCUUCCAACACUUGUGGCAAAUCUUUCUCGAGCACGGUGUUCCAUCUUGCAGGGCCUGGAGGAUCUUCCUCACUUUCUUUGUUACCCAGGUUGCGUUCUAUUACAUCUGGCCUGGUGUUUGGGUCAAAGGUCAACAUUUGAAGCACUUGAAAGGUAAGCAAUUGCCAUACUUCUGUAACGCAAUGUGGUCCUUCUACGUCUCUAACGUUGUUGCGUUGGCAUUGCACUUCUCUGGAAUCUUUCCACUAUACACGAUCUUGGACUUGUUCGGCCAGAUCAUGACUGCCGCCAUCAUUGUCGGGUUUGUCUUCACCUUUGCCAUGUACUUCACAACGCUCUUCAUCACCCAUGAUUAUCACCGUAUGACCGGGUAUCACGUGUAUGACUUCUUCAUGGGCGCACCAUUGAACCCAAGACUUGGUCUCCUCGACUGGAAAAUGUUUUUUGAAGUCAGAAUUCCAUGGUUUAUCCUUUACUUCCUCACUUUGAGCGCCUCCUUGAGACAGAUCGAGCAAUACGGUUACUUGACAUCACAGAUGGGUCUGUUACUCCUGGCUCAUUGGUCAUAUGCCAAUGCAUGUGCCAAAGGUGAGGAGUUGAUCUGUCCAACCUGGGAUAUGGCCUACGAAAAAUUCGGUUUCAUGUUGAUCUUCUGGAACAUUGCCGGUGUCCCAUUCACUUAUUGUCAUUGUACUUUGUACCUCUCUUACCAUGACCCAAGUGAGUACAAUUGGUCCACAAGUUACAUGAUUGCAUUGUAUUCCGUCUAUAUCAUUGCGUACUACUUCUUUGACACUUGCAACUCCCAAAAGAGCUACUUUAGAAAGAGAUUGGAAGGAGAUCUCCUUGUCAGAAAGACUUUCCCACAGUUGCCUUACCAAUAUAUUGAGAACCCAAAGUAUUUGGUUACAAAGCUUGGAUCCCAUUUCCUUGUUGAUGGAUGGUGGAAAUACGCUAGAAAGCCACAUUACACAGCUGAUUGGACACAAGCCAUGAUCUGGGGUUUGGUCUGUGGUACUGCUUCUCCAUUGCCUUGGUUCUUCCCUAUCUUCUUCACUAUCGUAUUGGUCCAUAGAGCAUUUAGAGACCAGGCUAAGUUGGAGAAGAAAUACGGUGAUGACUGGAUCAAAUACAAGGCUGAGGUUCCGUACAUGUUCAUUCCAUAUGUGUUUUGAAUUGCAACACAUGGCAUCUAACUUACAUAUUUAGAAGAAGAAAAAAAACCUCGAAUUA